AUGAGGAAGGUAGACGGGAUAGAGCAUCCAACAUACGCGGCUGCAGCCGUCGCGAUGGGACUUGUGGAAGACGACCGAGCUAUGUUGGCGUGCAUGGCUGAAUCAGCAACAUUGGACACUCCAGUCCAGCUUCGUUACCUUUUUGUGACAAUGCUAUUGCACUGUGAGAUCACAAACCCGCUGGCAUUGUAUCAAGCCAGCGAACCUCACAUGUUGCAAGACUUCAACCACCGAUUGAAAGACAUUGGCCGCGCGAGGGCUGCGUGUUUGGACGCAAUCAACAGGAUGCUUCGUGGUCACGGAAAAUCGCUUGCGGACUACGGUUUGCCACUACCGGACGUCACAUUGCUGGAAGAAGAUCCGGACGAUGACAUGUUUGGUGCUAUAGACACGGCGGUGCGCUGGACCGUACAAUUGGACAAUUUGAACGACGAACAACGGACAGUGUUCAAUCGUGUGAUGGCAGCCGUAGACGACAACAGAAACAUAUCAAAACUUUUCUACAUUGACGGUCCCAGAGGAACAGGUAAAACAACACUAUACGGAUGCCUCAUAUGGUCGCUUCGCAACCAAGGGCGAUCCGUGUUAUCCGUGGCUUUUACAGGAAUCGCUGCGUCGCUCAUGGACGGGGGCAUGACAGUGCACUCGACGUUUGGAUUGCCGUUCGGUACACUGAACGACGAUUCGACGUCGACCAUCACCUUGCAGUCGUUGCGUGCUCAGAGGAUACGUGACGCAGCACUCAUUGUCUGGGACGAAGCGCCCAUGUCUCCGGGACUACAACUCACAGUGGUCAAUAGGUUACUCCAGGACAUCAUGGGUUCAGAAUUGCCGUUCGGCGGUAAACCGGUACUAUUCGCUGGUGACUUCAGGCAGAUUCUACCUGUUGUGCGCAGGGGAACAAGGAGUGACAUUGUCAGGUCAUCUAUCAAAUACAACUCUUUGUGGCGCAACCUGGAACAGUUCAAUUUGACACGGAACAUGCGCGCUGAUAACGACGCUGACUUUGCAACAUGGUUGCUUCAGCUCGGGAGUGGCCAAUUGCCAGCGGUCGACGGUGUUCAGGACACUGUUGUAAUACCCCGGGAAAUGGUAUGUGAAGUCAAUAAUUUGAUUGAUUUUGUUUUUCCACAGCAAAUGUCGUUGGCUAACGUCAACGAGUUUGCUCGGAAAAUAAUUUUAUGUCCCAGGAACGACGAAUGCAGGCAAGUCAAUUAUACGGUGUUACAACGCAUUGAAGGAGUUCACCGAACCUAUACAGCCAUAGACACUGUGGUGGUAGACGACCCCGACGAAGUGGCCAAUUAUCCGACAGAGUUUCUCAACACUCUGGAACCAGACGGACUGCCGCCGUAUAACUUGACACUAAAGGUCGGUUCUAUUGUCAUGUUGCUUAGGAACCUAGAUUCAAAGAGACGUCUUUGCAAUGGUACACGGUUGGUUGUUACUGAACUGCGACGAUACAACUUCAAAGCGAGGAUGUUGUCUGGUGGUGCACAGGAAGAUAUAGUCAUACCUGCAAUACCACUCACGUCGAGUGGUGAAGACGACAUGUCCAUUAUAAUGCGACGAGUGCAAUUUCUCGUACGUUUGUCGUUUGCUAUGACCAUUAACAAGUCACAGGGUCAAACAUUCGAUAGAGUUGGAUUGCUCCUGCCUUCACCGGUGUUCAUGCACGGACAACUAUAUGUAGCGUUUUCACGAACUUCAUGUUCAAGAACUUUAUGA